UUUCAUGGAAAGGCUAAGCCCAGACGCGCACUGACCUCAUGGUGCGACGACGACGUACUCCCGUGCCCUUCCUCCCUGCAAGCAGCACGGUCGGCAGCUCGUGAGAUGAGAACAGGCCGAGGCGCACCGCACCGGAUGCUCUAUGUGGGAGAGGAUUCGGCAGGCAGGGCGAAAAGGCGGCGAUGGCGCUAGAUGCGAUAGCGGUUUUGCCGGCAGGCGGCUCAGCUAUGCGUGCAUUGCGUUUAGUACUCAUCUCUCAACUCUGCGAGCUCGCUCCCGUGCAUCGUCGGUCCUUCGUGGCUACACGCUCUGUUGUAGGGUGUCGGGAACGCGGUUCACGUAUGCCCCCAUCGGUCCAAGGUACGUCAUCGCAAGCUAUUUAACCUCAUUCACAUUCCCUUCGUCCACGAAAUAUAUUUCCUCCUUCCAUCUUUCGAUAUGGCCUGAAAACAUUCAUAUGCGUCUCGCGACGUGAGGUCACGCUGUGCCCGUCGGUCCAUAACGUACCUUGGGAUUGCGAAACGUCUGCGCGAACGUCU